AGCAGUUAAUCUAAAGUCUGUGUCAAAGCAGGCAAAGUAAUCAAAGCGGCACGAUGAAGUGCCACAUUUUUGUGAUACUGCUGCUGAUAUGGAUCGCGGAGUGUUCAGCGCAAAACAGAUUCUUCAUCUCAGGCCCGAAAGUCUUUCACGUGGGCGUUAAUGAGAAAGUGUUUGUCCAGAUGGGACCGGGCCACCUUAACGAACCUGUUAAUCUCUACCUGAAGGAUGAGAUCUCUAGUACUGUUGUGUCUGAGAUGAAAACGGUUAGGUGCACUAAAGAAGACAAGAUUGAAAUAGCUGAGCUCAAGCUAAACAUGGAUUCUUUGUUAGGAUUGCCUCAAAUUCCUUCUUACGUUAUGCUCGUGGCAGAGAGCCAAUCCUUCACACCCAACACAAAGUUAACAAGGGUUCUGGUGUCAAAACACAGGGGCUACAUCUUCAUUCAGACAGCUCAGCCAAUUUAUAACCCAGCAGACAGAGUGAAGUACAGAAUCUUCACUCUUGACCAUACGAUGAGGCCUCAUGAGGAACCUGUCCACAUAUCAGUAAUUAAUGCUGCUGGAAAUAGAAUAAUGAAAAUCAUGAAGAUUGCAAAGGGAGGAGUACUUAAAGACUCAUUCCUCAUACCUGACGUUUCUGAAACAGGUACUUGGAAGAUUACUGCACACUAUGAGGGUGAUGAAGCAAAUGCUGCCUUCAGAGAGUUCAAAGUUCAAAAAUUUAUUUUACCAAGCUUUGAUGUGAACAUCGUAAUGGAUCCGAAAUAUAUUUUGCUGACCAAUAAAGACCUUCAAUUCACCAUCUCAGCAAUGUACACACAUGGUGAAAAAGUUAAAGGUGCUUAUCACUGUCAGUUUGGAUUUGUAAAAAAAGAUGGCUCUGGCGGUCAGGAAAUGACUUUUAUCAAGGGACUGGAGCAGACCGGUUCGGUCAAAGAUGGAAAUGCAGAGGUUUCUCUUUUGUUAAAUGAGACAAAUGCAAAACUUCAGAGCCAGCUGAAAACAACCCUCUCUAAGAUGCAGGAAAAUGGAGAUCGAUUGUUUUUGAGAGUGUUUGUCACAAACAUACAAAGUGGUGAAAUACAAGAGGCAGAAGUUUACCUGCGAAUCUUCACCCACAAAUACACAAUAGACCUCUCUCGAACUCGAUCUCAUUUUAUUCCUGGAUAUCCACUGGACGUGGUGGUGCUCGUGCGUUUGCCAGAUGGCUCUCCAGCAGCUGGUGUGCCAGUAAAUAUUAAUCUACCACCAUCAGAGCCUUGGGAAGGCACCACUGAUCAAGAGGGGGCACUGUUCAAUACUUUUAAUGUUAAUGAUAAAGCUGAUAUUACAGUUGAAGUUUCUACAAAUGGAUUACGAGAGAGAAAAAUAAUACGACGUGCUUCCUCUCAACAUGACAGCUACCUUUACAUGACUUUAACCAGCAGGAUCUACUCUGUGAAUGAAUUCCUUACCAUAACAUUCAACACCAUCAACAGCCCACACAGUGGAUAUAUACACUACAUGGUCUUAAGCCGGGGAAUUGUAGUAAACACCGGCUCACUCCCACUUGGUAUAUCAGCUAAACACCGACUGCAGAUAACACAUAAUAUGGUUCCAUCGUUCCGUGUGAUUGGCUACUAUCACAACACUAACGGUCACGUCAUAGCUGAUUCAGUGUGGGUAGAUGUCAGGGAUGAAUGUGAGCUAAAUGACAAGUUACCUCAAGGGUCUCUUAAAGGUCGACCUAACACAAAGUUAAAGAUAGACUUUGAUUUACAUGGGAACAGCGCAAAAGUGGCUUUGCUGGCUGUGGAUAAGGCCUUCUACGCUCUCAAUGCUGACAAUAAACUCACACCCAAACAGGUAUUCUCUACUAUGAACUCAUAUGAUCUGGGUUGUUCCUAUGGUGGAGGACCUGACUCAGCAUCAGUUCUAUUAGACAAUGGCUUGGCUGCUGUAUCUAAUGACCAGUUUCUGUGGAGAAAGGAUUUUGGUUGUAAUUCUUCAUUAACACGACAAAGACGGUCAGCGGACCUUCAACCCGAAAUGAUGGCCUUGAAAUUGAACUACACAGAGAAAGAGCUGCAAAACUGUUGUGUUUAUGGAUUUUCUCGAAUCCCGAUGGAACGAACAUGUCGGGAAAGAGCUGAUCGUGUCCUUCUAGUGAAAAAAAAUCCAACUUGUGCUGAAGUGUUUUUAAAGUGCUGCCUUGAAGCGGAGCGUCUAAGACAAAAAAAGAUCCAGGAAGAACUCCAAAAAGGAUUUGGCAGGACUGCAUCCGUUGCUGAUAUAGAGGAGUUCUUCUCAGAAACCUCUCAGUAUAUCCGAAGAUAUUUUCCUCCAAGCUUUGGUUUUGUGGAAUUUGACGUCUCCAACAAAAAAACCUACUCUUUGCUCCUUCCUGAUUCCAUCACUACAUGGGAGAUUCAGGUUGUCACAUUAUCUCCAUCCACAGGUUUCUGUGUCACUAAGCCACUUGAGAUCAGAGCCUUUAAGGAGUUAUUUGUGUCUCUGAGACUGCCUUCAUUUGUGAAAAAAUUUGAGCAGCUGUCGGUUUCACCUGUUAUCUACAACUAUGAUGACUCCGAACUGCAGGUGGCAGUGCACAUGGAACAAACUGAAGGACUUUGCUCUCCUGGUUCAGCCACGAAAUCAUCUUAUGUUAACAUUACUCUUGAACCCCAAUCCUCUCAGUUUGUCUCCUUCUCUGCUGUGCCCAUGGUCGCUGGUUCAAUACCCAUCAAAAUACGUCUCUAUGAUAUAAAGAAGAGCUUUGGAAUAGAUGCAAUAGAAAAAACUUUGAAUGUGCAGAAAGAAGGAUUAGAAAAGAGAGAUCAAAAAACCAGUGUCCAUAACUUAGAUGGAAGAAGCACAAAGACAUUCACUAUUGACGGAUCCUUACCAGAUGACACAGUCCCUGACUCCAGCUCCAAUAUAUUUGUUUCAGUGGAAGGGAAUGGCUUUGGUGAUUCAUAUGCAAGAAAGCUUCUUUCUACUGAAAGGGUUGCUGAAAUGAUUGUUUUGCCAACUGGAUGUUUAGAGCAGACAAUGUCAAAACUGGGACCUACAGUUUUAGCUUUCCGGUACCUUGACUUGAGUCGGCAGUGGUUUGAGCUGCCACCUGGCAGCAGGGAGGAUGCUCUUAAUAAACUUGAGCAAGGCAGUAAACACAUCACAAGCUAUAGAAGGCAUGAUGGAGCCUAUGGUACAUUGAGUUAUGUGCCAUCGAGUAAUUGGGUGACUGCUCUUAUAGUAAAAAUGUUUUCAUUUGUGACUCAGCGUCAGACUAAUGAAGAACGGAAGAGCGUCAGAUUAGGAGAAGACAUCAGAAGAUCAGUCAGUUACUUGCUCUCAGUCCAGAACAAUGAUGGGUCAUUCAGUGACCCAAAUCCUGUGUUACACAAAGGAACCCUGAUAGGCAAAGACCAAGAUGCAUCAGUGACUGCUUUCAUAACUCUUGCACUGUACCGGUCCGUCAAAUUUCUCCAGCCUGAUAUGCAAAAUAAAGUGAGACCAAGUAUUUCCUCUUCAACAUCAUAUCUCCAGUCACUCGUAGAGGAGCUGCAGCAUCCCUAUGCUGUCGCCAUUACAGCCUAUUGCCUCUCAGUGUGCAUGCCAAAUACAACAGAUCAUUCACAUAUAUGGAAAAAAGUGGAAGCAGCGGCUAUUAAAGGAACGAAUGACUGUUAUUUUUGGGCAGUUAAUGACAACCCAAAGCUGGAUGCUAUCACAAUAGAGACGACAGCCUAUGUCCUUCUAACUGCUGUUCAGCUUGGGCAUAUAAACUGGGCAGAGAGAGCAGCCUGUUGGUUAAACUCCAGAGAAAACUAUUAUGGAGGCUUCAAGUCAACACAGGAUACCCUCAUGGCCCUGGAAGCCCUCGCAGAGUACGAGUUAAAAAAGCCUCCCAGUCCAGAACCAAAACUGAAAGCAGAUUUCACAUCUGCUGGAAGGAAUGAAAUUGUAACACUUCAACUAGAAAAUAAGAAGGAAAAAGUAGAGACCAGCCUGAAGAAAUUUACAGGGAACAACAUCACCGUGCAUCUGACUGGAAAAGGAGAAAUUAAGCUUAAAAUUGUUAAGGCUUACCAUUUAUUGGAACCCAAGGAUGAUUGUGACCAGGUGUCUAUCAGUGUCAGAGUGGAGGGGAAAGUGAAGUACACUGCUCCGAUAUUAGAAAAUUAUGAAUACUAUGACUAUGAUGACGAGAAACAAGACCAGGAAGACCUGGGACGAACAGCCAUUGAGGGGUCUGAUGCUCACACCCGAUACAGGAGAGAGAUUGAUAAUAACUUCAGUUCAAAUGAGGCUGUUACCUACACUGUCUGUGUCAGUAAGAAGAGGAAUCUUACAGGAAUGGCCAUUGCCGAUAUUACAUUAUUGAGUGGAUUUGAGGCUAAAACGGAGGACCUGGAUAAGUUAAAAGAUUCACCUGAACAUUACAUUGACCAUUAUGAGACGUAUUUUGGAAGACUUCUGAUUUACUUCAACGAGGUGAAAGAGGAUGAGGAAUGUAUUAGGUUUGAAGCUAAACAACUGGUACCAGUUGGGCUUCUACAGCCUGCUCCAGCCACAUUCUAUGAUUAUUAUGAACCAGACAGAAAGUGUACUGUGUUCUACUCUGCACCACAAAGAAGCAAGAUGGUAUCCAAACUGUGUUCAGAGGACGUGUGCGAAUGCGCAGAAAGACCCUGCCAUACCCUACAAAAAACAUUUGAUCCAAGACAAAAAAUUUGGAAGAUUAACCGUGUCCGACAUGCUUGCUCCUUCCCUAUCGUAGAUUACGCAUACAUCGUUGAGGUCUCCAGUAUUUCUGUGAAGAGUAACUUUGAGUUGUACACCACUCUUAUAAUUGAGGUUCUCAAAUCGAAUAACGAUGUGUCGGUGAGUAAGAACUCUGUCCGAGUCUUUGCUAAGAGGGUUCACUGCAAAGGAAAACUAGACAUGGGGAAACAGUAUCUCAUCAUGGGCAAAGAUGGCACCACAAAAGAUACAAGUGGAAUGAUGCAGUAUCUGCUGGAAUCAAACACGUGGGUUGAAAAAAAGCCUUCAGAAGAAUGUAGUAAAAGUGCUAAUAGACUUCUUUGUAGGCAUUUUAAUGACUUUGUACAAGAGUACAUGAUAGAUGGCUGCAGACAGUGAAACAAACUGCUUUCACUGUCAUUUUAAUGGAGCUUGAUUAAAUGACUUUCCCAUCAGAUACACGAUUAGCAUGAGUGCUUAGAGCUUUUGUUGUUUUUCUUAUACUUUUUGGCUUAUUCUACUACCACAUCACAGUACAUAGCUAUACAUGUAUGCUCUGCAUCUACCUAGCUACCUAUAACUCAAAAUGAUAAAACCUUGAAACAUAUAUAGUAAGUACAGUAAGACAUUGGUAGACAUACUGAGUGUGACUCCAUCACUUUGUAAUGUAAUCUUUCAUAUGCAAAACAACGGUCUGUGUUUCAUGUAAAAUAAAAACAUCUUCGUGCUAUAGA